AUGGAUGAUACGUCUUUCAACAAAGCAUCAUUAUUUCUGAUUGUGAGACUAAGAGGGCUGUUUAGCAGACGUUGCCUAAACAUGCUUGCACAUGUGGCUAACAAAUAUUUAGUUUGUCUGCUCAGAGUCAACUUCUGCGGGUUUUGUCUGCAAACAAUCAGGGUUCUAAAGAUGUCCGUCUCAACUAAACGGAGAUAUAUAACGAACAAGGUGGAAUCUGAAUACUACACACCUGUAGAGGGGGAUAUCAUUGCACAGGUGCGGAGUGCUAGAGGAAACAACUUACACGAGGUUGAAGACGAGAAUGGCGAGAUGUAUGUCGCGAGCAUGCCUUCGAAAUUUAGAAAAGCGGUCUGGAUCCGGAGGGGACAGUUUGUUGUGGUGCGACCGAUCGAGGAGGGUGAUAAGGUUAAAGCAGAAAUCGAGUCAAUUUUGGACGAGGAUAACGUACUUUACAUAAGAGAACAGAACAAGUGGCCCGCAAGGUUUGAGGAACAAGCAAGAUUGAUGACCAGAGAUGCGAAACGUGGACGAACGGGCGAGAACGCGAUGAUUGACGACGAUAUGCUUCCGCCGAGUGACAGUGAUGAGUACGAUGAGGAUGAACAAGAGACCGAAGGGGAAAUUAACGACGAAGAAAAAGAAGAAAGCAGUGAUGAGGAUGAUGAUGCUGAAGAAGCAGAUGCCCACCAGUACAAUCCGAAUCGAAAUCGUGCCCCAAACAACCUGUAAACGCAAG